GGUGAAAAGAGAGUGUGGGUGGGUUUGAUUUAAAACCUGAAGUGAGUAGUUGCAGUUGCGUUCUUUGAAGCGAAGAAAAUGGAGCAGGUACAAAACGGCGGUCGUUUCGACCUAAUAAUCCUGGGGGCCUCAGGCUUCACAGGCAAAUACGUUCUCCGAGAAGCCCUAAAGUUCCUCAACGCCCCAUCCUCGCCUCUCAAAUCCAUAGCCAUAGCGGGCCGCAGCCCUCAAAAACUCAACCAAGCCCUCGAAUGGGCCUCGCGGCCCAACCCCCCGCCCACUGUCCCCAUCCUCACCGCCGACACAUCCGACCCGCCAUCCCUCCGGGCCCUCUGCGCCCGCACGGCCCUCCUCCUCAACUGCGUCGGCCCCUUCCGCCUCCACGGCGAGCCCGUCGUGGCCGCCUGCGCCGACGCCGGCUGCGACUACCUCGACAUCUCCGGCGAGCCCGAGUUCAUGGAGCGCGUGGAGGCGACGCACCACGAGCGGGCGGCGGAGAGCGGCGCGCUGGUGGUCUCCGCCUGCGGCUUCGACUCGGUGCCGGCGGAGCUCGGAGUGAUGUUCAACUCGCGGCAGUGGGUGGGGCCCGCGGUGCCGAACAGCAUGGAGGCUUACGUAGCGUUGGAGUCGGAGAAGAGGAUUGUGGGUAACUUCGCCACCUACGAGUCCGCGGUGCUCGGCGUCGCCAAUGCGCACAAGUUGCAGCAACUCAGAAGGUCCCGGCCCAGAAGACCUAGGCCUGUGAUUCCUGGACCUCCUCCUUUAAAAGGAGAAACUAUAGAGAACCAGAAGAAAAUAGGCCUCUGGGCAGUGAAGCUACCUUCAGCAGAUUCAACUGUAGUUCGAAGAACACUAGCAAUUCUAACAGAAAACUCCCAUGGUCUCCCUGGGCUGAGCGAGAGUGCUGAGGCGGUUGUGAAAAGGGAAGCCUUCUGGUCCUCUGUAAAGCCAGCUCAUUUUGGUGUGAAAAUAGGCUCAAAAUCAUUGUUGGGCAUUCUCCGAAUCACGAUGGUUGGAGUUUUCAUUGGUCUUUUAGGAGGCAUUGGUUUUGGGAGGUGGCUUCUUCUGAAAUUUCCUUCAAUAUUCAGCCUUGGUUGGUUCAGGAAGAAGGGCCCUACUGAAGAGGAGGUUGAAAGUGCUUCCUUCAAGAUGUGGUUUGUAGGACAUGGUUUUAGUGAUGAGAGUGUGGCUUCACAGGGAAACGUAAAACCUGACAUGGAAAUUAUAACAAGGGUAAUGGGACCUGAAAUUGGAUAUCUGACCACGCCAAUAAUUCUUAUUCAGUGUGCUCUUGUUCUUCUCAGCCAACGCAACAACCUUCCUAAAGGAGGAGUUUACCCUCCUGGGAUCGUCUUUGGUCCAACUGAUCUCCAGGAAAGACUUCAACAAAAUGGAAUAUCCUUUGAUAUCAUCUCAAAAAGCAAUAUUUCUUCUUGACUGUUGCAGUUUCAUAGAAUAUAUACACUUCUUAGAAACUGAGUUAUCAUGACUGAGUGGGGGAGAUACUAUUAGUAUUUGUUUUGUUUGACAAAGUUUUAUAAAGAUACUACUGCUAUAUAGAGAUUUGGCUUGAUCACCAUUUGAAUCAUCUUUUAA